GCGGGCUCCGGCGGGGUGCGCGGCCGGGGCUCGGCCCCCCGGAGAGAACGGUCUGGCGGGAGGGAUGCGGUGCGGGAAGAUGGCGGCAGAGCCGCCGCCGCUUCCAGGCAGGGCGGCGGGCACCUGGGGCGGCGUGCGGCGGCGCUGCCAGCGGCUGCUGUACUGGGUGCCGGUGCUCUUCAUCUCCAGCAUCCUCUGCUGGUCCUACUACGCCUAUGUCACCCAGCUCUGCCUGCUGACAAUGACAAAUAUUGGAGAAAAAGUUGUGUGCCUGGUUGCUUACCACAUAUUUUUCAUGCUGUUCGUCUGGUCAUAUUGGAAAACAAUCUUUACGCUACCAAUGAAUCCUUCAAAAGAAUUUCAUCUAUCAUAUUCAGACAAGGAAUCCCUAGAGAGGGAGCCUAGAGGUGAAUCCCAGCAAGAAGUCUUAAGACGGGCAGCCAAGGAUCUUCCUAUUUAUACGCGGACAAUGUCUGGAGCAAUCAGAUACUGUGACAGAUGCCAUCUUGUAAAACCAGACCGUUGCCAUCACUGCUCUGUAUGCGACAAAUGUAUUUUGAAAAUGGAUCACCAUUGCCCUUGGGUGAACAACUGUGUAGGAUUCUCCAAUUACAAAUUUUUUCUUCUCUUCUUGGCUUACUCGCUACUGUAUUGCCUGUUCAUUGCUGCAACGGAUUUACAGUAUUUUAUCAAAUUUUGGACAAAUGGCCUUCCUGAUACUCAAGCCAAGUUCCACAUCAUGUUUUUGUUCUUUGCUGCAGCUAUGUUUUCUGUCAGUCUCUCUUCUCUCUUUGGGUAUCACUGUUGGCUUGUCAGCAAGAAUAAGUCUACAUUAGAGGUAUUCAGAGCUCCCAUAUUUCGUCACAGAACAGACAAGAAUGGCUUUAGCUUGGGCUUCAGCAAAAACCUAAGGCAAGUGUUUGGCGAUGAGAAGAAAUACUGGUUGCUGCCCAUAUUUUCAAGUCUAGGGGAUGGUUGCUCCUUCCCAACUUGCCUCGUUAAUCAGGAUCCUGAGCAAGCUUCCACACCUGGUUGUCUUAAUUCAACAUCCAAAAAUGAGAACCAUCUGUUUCCUGCAAAGCCGUUGUGUGAUUCCCAGAGCCACCUUCUCACAGAUACACCAUCUUGGUCUGAAACCAGUGCAAAGGCUGAAAAGGGCAAAGUUGGUAUGAGCAAUCCUGCAUUAACCAUGGAAAAUGAAACCUAAUUUUCCUAAAAAGAAACAUUUUGAAUAUGUAAGGAAAGUUCAAGAAAAAGCUGUUGUUGGAAGGAAAAUGAAUUCUUCCACGUAUCAGCCCUGUUGGUCAGCUGCUCCUGUGUGGAUGUGCUCAGAAGACAAACGGACAGAUGAUUAGCUGCCUCCAUGUCACUGCUUGAAACAUGAAACUAAACAUAAUACUACUCCUGAACCAUAUAAAGAGUGUUUCAACUUAAAGUUACUGAUUUGGAAUGGUUAAGGAUGAUGAGUAUUAGGAAAUUUAAAAAACAGAGUCUGAGUUUACAAUUGUAAAAAUUCCAUGGCUGGUUUUACUUCAAUGUUCAGCACAAGAAAGAUGUGACCUCCUUACAUAUCAGUCCAUGUUCUUGCCUUGGUUGUGAAAACUCACUGUUAAUUCAAAUUGCUGUAAGUAGUUGACUUCCAGAUCAAGAUUUUGCAAUACUGGCUUUACAGAUUUGGAAACAAACCAGUGUUGAUUAUGAAGAAUUUAAUGGCUUGGCGGACUGUGUUUUUAUUUCGAGCAUUCGAUAAGCAACUUUUGCAGAUACGGGGACCCCAGUGAAGUGGGACUAUUUAUGAAGUAUUUUUGGAAAACAUGAUUGCAAGAGCUCCGUUGUCCCUCAGAUCUGAACUAUGAAUAGCUGGAAAAGUUGGGGGGGGGGG